AUGGCCGACCCUUCGAAGUGUUUACACCACUUACACGUGCUGCAGCAACUUCAUAAUGCUUUAAAUAUGGGAGGUUUCCCAUCGUUUGUCUUAAAGCCGUUACAGAUUAAAUGUUUUGAGCACAUACUAAACGAAUUUGACGUCGUUGCUGUUUUACCAACUGGCUUUGGCAAAUCUCUUUUGUUUCAACUUCUGCCAAAUUUCUUGCCGACCAAAGCUAACAAAAAUAUCGUUAUUGUUGUCUGUCCUUUAAACGCAAUCAUUGAGGACCAGUUAAAGGUUGCUAAGAACAUCGGUAUUGAGGCAGAAGUUCUCCAGCUUGUUGAUCAUCGUAUGAAAGUAGCGGAAAGCUUGUUUAAAUCGGAUGAAAUGACUGCAGAAAGUGAUGAUGUAGGUGUACUUUUAAGCAACAAGAUGUUAAAUGGCGAUGUUCAACUUCUUUUUACCCACCCGGAAGCCUUAUUAAGUGAGAAAGGAAGAAAUCUAAUGAAAAGUACAGUGUUUCAAAGAAAUGUUGUCGCGUGUGUUGUAGAUGAAGCACAUUGCGUGGAAAUGUGGGGUGAUGAAUUCAGAAAAGAUUUUGGAAAUUUGUCCAUUGUGCGUGCCUUCUUUCCAAAAACUCCAUUUCUUGCACUCACAGCAACAGCACCACCACAUAUGUUGAGCAACCUAAAAAAUAGCAUGAAUUUCAACAGCUCUUGCAAAGAUGUGUCAGCUAACCCAAAUCGUAGAAAUAUAUUUCUUCAAAAGAAGAUGCGAACGAGCAAUCAGCAUAUAUAUGAAAGUUAUAGUAAUAUCCUGCUACCUAUUGCUAAUCAAUUGUCUGUUGAACUGGAAAGUUACCCCAUGACAGUGAUAUACAUGAAACUCAAAUACUGUGGUUAUGCAUAUGGGUAGUUUGAAAGAGUGUUA